AUGGAUACUGUAGUCCAGCAGCAGACUUCGAUCCAGGCGACUCUGGAUACACUAGUGGACUUAGUGGGCUCGUGGGUGACGGUUCACCCGUCUCAGUCUGGUCCAUCCACCGUCCCUGUUCCCCCUGCUGAGGAUGCCCCUGAUCCUGACUCUACGGCAGUUCCUGCUCCGGCUACUACGUCCGCUCCAGCUGCUGAUCCUGAUCCCACUCCUCCGGGAGACGAGCUUAUCGAGUUUUAUGUUCCUCUAUUUAAUUUGACCGUUGAUCAUCCGCGAAAUGGACAGGUGGAGACAACGGCUUGGGAAGAAGGAGGAUCCCUUAAAAGCUGGGGUCGCUGCGACGCCCGAGUCCAGGUGAGGACUUUCUUCGAACAUCUUGUCUGCUGCGUUGCUGUUUCUUGUUGCGGAGUUGAGAGAGGGAGCGACCUUGGCGUUUUGAUUAUGGGAAGCAGAGGGUCGUCGGACGCACCGCAGAGGCAGUCGCCCCGAGCACCUCUGCACCUCAGGAGCACUGCCUGCUCCGAGGCCAACAACGCGCACCGCAGGGCGGCUGCUGCCGAUGGCAGCCCUAAGGUGUCCCCUCACGGGGGUUCACAGGAGCAAAGAAAACGGAGCACGAGGGCGGCGGAGCUCGAGACAAAGUUGAGAGAAACGCAGGCUGAGCUCAAGAAGCUGAGAGAGCAGCUCGCCGCCGCGGAAGCUGCCAAACGCGAAGUGGAGCGAGCCCUCGUCAAGGUCAAGGUGCGUGUCCCUGCCGCUGCCUUGGCCAAGAAAAGAAAAGAGGAGGAGGCUGCUCUUUCUCAGGGUUCUCGACCAGAAGGGGUUCGACAAAAUGAGACGAUGGAGGAGAGCGUCACUUCGCCGGCGACGAUGGAUGUGUUUGAAGUACUAGUGCCGGCCGAAUCCGUUCCCACGGAGGAUGAAGCUGACAGCAUGCAGGAGAUAACAAUGGUCGAGAAAACAGAGACGAACGAGAACGAUGAAACUAUUUCUGCGGCAGGGGAAGAAGAAGAAGAAGGAGAGAAGAAAGAAGAUGGAAAGAAGAGAGAGGAUGAAGAAGUUGGCUUUUGGAAAGCCAAGCUUUUGGAGAAGGAGAAGGAAGUGGCAAUUCUCCUGGAAGAAAACGUCAUCUUCAAGACCAGAGCAGAGGAGGAAGCUCAGCGAAUCGCAGAGUCCUCUCGAUCCAAGCAAGAGGAGUUCACGGCACGGCUGAAUUCAGUAGAAGAACAGCUCAAAGAGAGUAAAACUAAUGAGAAACAGCUGGCGGCGCAGCUGGAGACGGCAGAAGGCGCCAAGGCGACAUUGGAGAUGGAGCUGAAGCGGUUGAAGGUGCAAACCGAGCAAUGGCGGAAGGCCGCCGAAGCGGCCGCAGCAGCACUGGCCACGGGAGACGCCGCCUCAGGUGAUGAGACGGGUGGGAGAAGGGUGGCGGAGCGUUGCAGGUCGAUGGACAAACAACACCUCGGGGUCGGUUACGGCAGCUGGGCUUCGCCGUUGGCGGACCAAGACUACGUGUACGAGGAGGAUGGCGCCGGCGGAAGCCGCGGCGGGCGGAGGAAGGCUGCCGGUGUGCGGAUGUUCGGAAACCUUUGGAAGAAGAAUCAGUAUAAAUGAGGCGAGCUGGCAUCAAGCCCUUGCUCUCUUGUUCUGUAUCAGUUCACGAACUGUUCUUGAUUGAUGGGUUUAGGGAUUUCCAACGUGUUGUUGCCUUGUUGGACCUUUGGAACUCAUGAAUCAAAUUUGGAGCUUCUUCUCCUCAGAUUGUUAUUUUUUUGGGGGAAAUUUCAAUUACCCCCUCCCCCGUUU